AUGAAAGACGUGGAGGAAAACAGUGUUAUAACUCAGUGUAUGAAGCACGGGGUCAUGCGUAUGCUGGCAUGGAGGAUAUUGUUGAUCUCGCAGGGGUUCGCAUCGUUCUUUGCUAUGCGGCAAAUUGGACCAAGAUGCGCCCGAUGGACUGAUCGAAACCCAAGUCAAGUCUUUUACGCAGCACAUAUCCGCGCAGGAAGAACUGAUGCAUUGUACAAGCCAAGACCUGAAGUUACAGAUGUGCAGCGUAUGGCUCUCGAAGACCUGAAAGACGUGGCGAACUUUUUCGAUUCUGCGAUGAACCGGCUACGAAGGGUUGAGAUGGCAAAAGAAACCAGCCUCGACAAUUCCUUCGAGACACCAUCUGAACUGGGAAUAUUCGUUUCCAGUUAG